CAGUCGUCUUCUGGUGGCCAAGGUGUCUGGUCACAACGAAAGAAAAAUAGGAAAAGCGAAAUUUUCUCUCUUAAAAUAUACAGAAAAAUCUUUUUCGUCUUGGAAAAGUUACGACGUACUUGAAAAAUCGCGCGCGCUCAAAAUCUCUCAACUUUACCAUUGGAGCUUUUUUCCGUGCUGGUCCUGGAAGAGGCUGCGAGUGUCAUCAUCGAAAGCCAUCAUUGACAAGGAUACUUCGUGCAGAGCGAAAUCUCCGAGAACACCGAGCUCGCACAGCUCGCGGAGAUACGUUCUGACCGUGCAACUGUGAGGACAUAGAUUUUUCACGCUGCUCGUUUUCUGCUGAAGCAAGGUGCUGAAGAAAAGUGAUUUUCACUCGGAUUCGCAGGACAAAAAGGGCCAGUUCCCGCAACGAGUUCCGGCGUGACAUGGUGUGCAGCCCGUAGAGCGUCCAGUGCCGCGUUCGAGUGCGAUAAAUUCCGACCCGGGGGCGUGCCACUUCCGGCCAGAAAAUGCUGCUGAACAAAAACCUUCUCGCCUGGUUGCUGCUGUCAGCCAUAUUGGUUAAAACGGCAUACGGCAUUCCGACGUCGGCGGCAACCGAAACGGAAGACGACAACGACUCCGAGUGGGACGAGGAUGACGAAUCGUCCGAGGCGGACGACGACGGCCGGGUGUACAAGAAUCCGCGGAAUUCGCCCUCGACCGAGUGUCCGCGGGACGAGGAGCAGGCAACACUGCUGGGCCAAAAAUGUCUGCGCAAAUGUUCAUCCGACGAGGACUGCAAAAGUAAGAAGAAAAAGUGUCUGUGCGACGGAGCGUGCGGUAUGUCCUGCAUCAAGCCGGACCGGGAGUGUCCCGCACUGGAGCAACCACCGACGGGGGCGGUGACCGUCUCGGGGAAUCAUUUUGGAUCACGCGCCGUGUACUCGUGCCCCCACGGAUACCACGUGGUCGGUCUGCAGAGCCGUCUCUGCCAGGCGGACGGAACCUGGGCCGGAAGCGAGCCGAUCUGCAAACAGAACAGUAAUGUUUACUGUCUACAACCGCCGAUAAUCGAGCACGCGCGCCACUCGGCCCUUCCCGAGCAGGCCACGUUCGAUCUGGAUUCGACCGUUCAGUACCACUGUCACACCGGAUACGCUACCGCUGGUUUCCCCCGGGCCAAGUGUCUGGCCGUGGAUGGGCAGGCCAGCUGGUAUGGACCGGACAUAUCCUGUGAACCCCGCUCGUGUGGCCAACCUCCGGAUCCGGCCCACGGGUGGCACUCCGGCGAGAGUUACACCUUUGGCGGCAAAGUCACGUAUCACUGCGGCGAGGGCUACGAGCUCGUCGGUAAAUCCGAACGUUACUGCCAGGCUGAUGGAUCGUGGACGCCAAAGGAGCUGCCGACCUGUGUUUUGGUCACCUCCGUGCAGUGUCCCUCUCCGGAGAAUCCCCGUAACGGCAAAGCCAUCUACACCAGCACCUCGUACAACUCCGUCGUGAGCUACGAGUGCCGGUACGGAUACACUCUGGUGGGCGAGAGUUCGCGCCGUUGCGGUGCGGACAAACGCUGGACGGGAACGCUACCGGCGUGCAAAGAGAUCAACUGUGGCCAUCCGGGCACGCUGUACAACGGCUGGCUGGAAAACAUCGAAAGCGGCACCGGCCUGGGAGCGAGUAUCAUCUUCCGGUGUCAUCCGGAAAUGCUGCUGGUUGGGAACACUUCUUCGGUGUGUCAAAUCGACGGCCGCUGGAGGUAUCCUCUGCCACAGUGUUUGGCUCCGUGCGUCGUGCCGUCGAUAUCGCAAGGACAGGUCAUACCCAUUGAGUUCGACAUAGACGUAAACUCGACGACGAUCGUGCCAACCAGUGGAAGCAGCUCGAAGGUCAAGCACGGUACAGUGCUGGAAGUGAUUUGUGACGAGCACUAUGAGUUUCCGUUCUCUUCGCUUUCACCUCCGACGUGCAACAACGGAACAUGGAGUGUGAUUCCGCGUUGUGCACCGGCGCGGUGUAAGACCAUGCCAAAACCGCCAAAGUUCGGAAUGGUACUUGCGCCGAAGACCGAGCACGGUAUGCGGGCGAGGUUCAAGUGUAAGGACGGAUAUAACCUAACGGCACCGGGAGGUAAAGAGCUAUCGAAUCCGAACGAUUACGUGUUGAUCUGUUCGUUUGGAAACUGGACGGGAGAGACUCCGCAGUGUCAGGAAGUGUAUUGUGCAUUCCCAGGGUAUAUUCCCAACGGGAAGGUGCUUCUGGUAGGAAAUAUGGGUCUUUAUGACUAUCGACCGUACGUGAGGAAGGUGAUUAACAACAAGCAGAUUAUGUAUGAGUGUGACAAAGGAUACGUGAUUGACGUAGGUCCUCCAGGUGCAACGUGCAUCGGCGGGAAGUGGAGUCCACGUGAGCUGCCUCAGUGCAUUCCGGGUCAACAUCCUCGCCUACGGUGGACUAGAAGGCGUCGAUCGAUCGAUUUAAGAUUGCGAUUCCACCGUUCUAAUCACCUGAAGCAACACUAUCGUUACUUGAAGCGCAAGUUGGACGAGCAUGACGAAUACCACCGGAUGUAUCCGAUGGAACAACACGCGGUGGCAAAACGAAGUGUUGUUGGAUAUCGGGGGCAGUUACCUCACAAGAGACAUUAUAAUUUUGAUGAUUUUCAAAGAUUUCGAGCGAAACGCAGCAUUGAAGCAAAUCGGAAUGCGUUCCUACGAAAUGCUUUCCAGACAGUGUUGACUCGUGAACGCCGUGAGUUGUCAGAUGUUGAGAAGGCUUAUAACAAGUAUUACGAGAGGAUUAAGGCCAAGUAUAGGAACUACGUUCAGAACUUGUUAGGAUAUAACAGAAUGCGUCCUCUGCAGGAGAACCACAAAAUUAAUGUACAAGAUGGCAGAUGGUACACGAACGAUCCGGAAUCUUUGUCGAGAAAUAGGGUGGUUCACAAAGCGCGCAUCGGAGCAAAUGACUUCGAAGAUGAACUCACAACCAAAGAGCCACGUGUGGUCAAACCGAAAAUAAACAAGUCACGAGUCAAGCCAAAAGUGCAACCUCCCAUAGCCAUUCCGGAUAUCAACGAAGAAUCGACGUACAAGUACGACUUCCACGACAUACCCGAGGGCAAUCAUUCGAUUGCAAUGACGGAGAACGACAUUUACUCCAACUACUUCCCUCCUCCGCUGACGGGAAAGUACCACACCAGUUGGCAGUUUGCCUCCGAAGUCUCUCCAAAGGUUCACGGACGUUCAGAGAAUAAAUUUCCAUCUGAUCAGUCCUUUUCUCUUGCGGAAAAGAAACCGGUUUCGCCGGCCAAUCUGAUGGAGCAGCUUCAUUCGCAAAUCAUUCGUCGAAAGCGUGAUACCACCAGGGAACCAGCCGCAUCAUCCGUCGAAGAUACUCGGCGUGCCCGUAAGAAUAGCCGAGCGGUGCAGAACCAAACCGAUUCCAGCGGGGUUGAUGGCCUUGAUGCGAACAAGAAGAUCAAGUUCAAAGGACCGUGUGAACCGCUGGCUAGUGAGUCGUACGCGCUUCUGGAGAUCGUGCGACCCGGCAAGGACCCCAACGAAACGUUCGGACCGGGUACGAUCGUGAAGGUGACCUGCAGCAAGGGGUACGUGUCCAACAUGGUGAGCCCGAACGCUACCUCGAAGUGCGUCCGGGGAAGAUGGAAGCCGAUCAAACCAACCUGCAGUAUGAAACCAUGCUUCGCACCCUCGACGGAACAUGGCAAGUACUACGCCUCGCCGGUCGAUAUGACGACGAUGGACGCGGUCAAGUCGUCCACGGUUUCGCUGACCCCCAUGGAAACCAUCGAGAACGGGUUGAUGAUCAGUUUUCAGUGUGAUCCCGGGUACAACACGCAGGGACCGUCGAAUUUGCGGUGCUGGAAUGGGGAGUGGGCGGUCAGUUCGCUGCCGGAGUGUCUUCCGGCGCCGUGCGUUCUACCCCAGAUCAUGCACGCCAUGUACCAGGGAGGAUACCGGGCCGGGUUGACCAUUGCGCACGGUAGCUCGGUGAUGAUACAGUGCGAGAGUGGUAUGGGGAACAUGGCGGCGGUUCAAAUGGAUUGUGCCCUUGGAUCGCUGACUCCGGAAACGCUCAACUGUGGCUAUAUUGCCGCAUCGCGGAAGUCACGGGACGACGACAGCAGUUCGAUCAUUGUCCUUGACGGUGCUAACGUGACUUCGUCCGAAGAUGAGAACGACGGUCGGGAUUGUGGUCCUCCGGGCAAGAUCCACGGUUCGCUGGUGUACAAGAACGGAGAACAAAUAGACGACAGCGAGGAGGGAUUCCACUCGGGUACGGAGAUCACGUUCGACUGCAUCGCCAGUAUCACCGGUGAGCAGACCACGUGGAAGAUUAUCUGCGAGGACGGAUUGUGGAUAGGGCGUUCGAUGAACUGCGAGGACGACGACCCGGCGUACCACAGGAUUCCGUCCGCGAACGGAUCGUGCGUGUUCCGCAACAACGAGCCGCACGUGGUCAGCUUCUACAACGAUCUCGAGAUAAGAGAGGAUAUCGUGGAGUUUCCACCGAUGACGACCAUCAUAUCGAGAUGUGUGGAUAUUGGCAAGUACGCCAUGAUCGGAACCAGCGUGAGGACAUGCGUUCGCGAAGAGUGGACCGGCCAGAAGCCGUCGUGUUUCGGGUUGAACCAAGAGAACGACUAUGCUAUGGAGAAACCGCCGACGAUUCUGAUCCGGCACCAGAACGGUCCGAUCGCGCAGAGUAACGACGGCAAGCUGAUCGUGUAUCCGGGCACGACGGUCCACCUGGAGUGUCUAUGGAUGCGACGGUUCGGCAAUCCCAAGUGGAACGUGAGCCACGACUAUCGAAAGUACCCGGAGGGCUGGAGCUCGGACGAGGGUCGUGAUCCGCAGCUGGAGUACCGUAUCAGCAUCAUGCACGCGGUCAAGGACGAUUCGGGGACGUUCACGUGCGUUACGCCGGCCCGGCACACCCAUUCGGUCGAGGUGUUCGUGAAGCCCGUUCACUGCAAUGAGAUCCAGGUGCGUCGAGGACUUUCCGCUAGCACGUUGGAGACCAUGAUGGGGACUAGGGUGUUGUUCUCCUGUACCAAUGGGAACGCCUUGAUUGGAACGCCGGAGAUCUCCUGUCUACCGAGCGGAAACUGGAGUGCUCCGUUGCCGGUUUGCGAGAGUGUCGAGUGCGGUGAAGUCCCCAUCCAGGCCAACAGCAAUGGGUCCGCACCUCGGGUGGCCAUUUUGUCGCGGGAAGUCGGAGGCCGGGCGGCGUUCUCCUGUCCGCCGGGUUACGGCCUGAGGGGACCCAGCGAGGCAAUCUGUUUGCCGUCGGGCGAGUGGGGUGCACCGUUUCCCUCGUGUGUCGACUUGUCCCCCGCAGAGGUCCAGUGCUUCCAUCCCGGUGCGCCGCAGAAUGGAUACGCCCAAGGGACGCCCCCGUACCGGGCCGGUGACGUGGUGCAGUUCAACUGCAACCCGGAGUACAUGAUGCAGGGCCAGCCGAUCAUCGCCUGUCAGGAUAACGGACGGUGGUCGGGAGGGCUGCCAAAGUGCGUCCAGGCGUGCUCGUACCCGGGAACCGCCAUCAGCGGCCGAAUGUCGUCGGUCAAGUUCUACUACUCGAUCGGCGAGAGCAUCACCUUCACGUGUGACGCCGGUCUGGAGCUGCGCGGCGCCAAGAUGCUCAAGUGUCUGAAGAACGGCAAGUGGUCGAACGCCAUCCCGACGUGCGUCAAUCCGGACGCGGCCGUCAACGUGCGCAGUGACGCCAAGGGUCUCUACAAGCGGGACAACUAAGGAGGGGGUGGUAGUGACGAAGUUUAGGGUGGUUUCCGGUUUCACCAAGCAGUAAACAAUUAAAUAUAUCAAUCAAAAUAUAGAGGCCAAGUGUCGAGCAAGGUGACGACAGUCGUCGGGGCAAGUGUUCCACGUGGAUCAAUCAAAUUUUAAUGGCAUGAUAUAAAAGCAAACAAACAAACACAUACACACAUUGACUGUUUAAAGUUAACUGUCGAAGGUGGCAUCAUAAAUAGAGAGACACUCAUUAAGAUGACGUUAAAGUUCGCCUCUCUGGCAGGCACAUGAGUAGCAUAAAAUUUAAUUUGCAUAGAGCAGUCAACGCUUUAUUUGCUUGUUGUUAAUGGUUCACAAUCUUCCGUCUCUAGCACUUCCGGAAGGGUGGUUCGCGGUUGAAUGAAAAUGGGAAAGUCGUAUUCACAAAACUUUGUUUGAUUCUUAAAAACAGUUAUAAUAGAUGUCUAACUUUUUUAAGGCUUCAACAAAAGUUUUAUUUAAAAUAUUUUUAGAAAUUCAAUGAACUUUAGUAAACAAAUUUAUAAACAAAACAACUAAAAACUAAACCAGAAACUUUUUUUGACUCGCCACGUUGGCAUGGUUGAUCACUAAAAACGAAGGAUAUUGUCUUUUUCAUCCAAAAGUGAACCACCCUAACUCCCGGCUUCCAUGCUCUUCUCCACUCUUUAAAACCACCGAGAGAGCAGCAGGAGAAUGGGAUGGAAAAAUCAAUUACCGCGAUGUUGGAUCUAUGAUAAUGCGCAAUCAUAUUAAUGAUGGCAAAUGAGAACGAUAAAUACAAUGGCGAUGUUGUAAAUGUAAAUUGGUUUUGUUGGUAGGCGUAAUGUUAGUGCGGUUCAUCUCCCUCCCCUGACUCCAGUUUCCCAAUUUUCCCUGAAUUGUGGUUGUGUAUGUGUGUGUGUGAUGGCUCAUCAGCUGAAAUUUCCCAUAUCGUAUAGCACACCCACCAAUCCACAUAUGCGCACAUACACACGCACACUUAAACGUAGAAGGUAAGCAAGAUAAUUUAUGACAGGCUGUCUGAUGGAUAUCUGUAGUUAUAUAUUUUUUAAAAUGAAUCAGCAUGCAUACAAAUUGGAUGGCACUGCAAAUUUGACUCAUAAAUGUUAAUUGAAUGGAAGGCGUUAAAUGUAGACAUAAAAAAAUCAAAAUAAAGGCACUUUGUUUACGUUUUUUCAGUGUACAUUAAGGGAUGUGACCACCCCACACGACGAGGAGUUGUUAUUACACUUGUACAUAGAUGAAGGCGGAAAGGGGUGCGCGCAAUGAUUGUGUGUAAUUUAUUUAGUUUUUUUUUCAAUUCAACUCCUAAUAGUUGUCAGGACUGAGAGACGAAUGCAAUUGAAAUAAUCCCCUCCACCCUCUCCCACGCAAACACACGUAAAUCUAAUGAAUUUGUAGUGCUUUUAUGAUAAUAUAUUACUAUAAACAAUACUUGAACAAGCACGUGGUCGAGGAGGAAUUAGGUGGUGUAGGUGUUGAGUAGUGGCUUGAGCUGAAUACAUUGUUUCUUUAUGGCAAUUGUUAAUGUAAACGUAAAUAUAUUGUAUUUGAAAUAAAUGACAACAAUCAUAUCA